AUGGAGAGAAGUGUCGACGAGAACAGAAGCGGAGUUGGAGAGAAGAGAAGGGAUGAGAGACGAAUACAAGGGCGUGGCCGCGUGCGCGGGGGCUCGCCGGGGGCUCGCCCGUUCACGCCCAGGCGUCGGCGGCGUGCCUCGUUGCCUCUGCCUCGUCGCGUCGCGUCGCGCUCCGCCGCGCCACGCCACGCGCUUGAAGACCAAGGUCGCGGGCCAGCCUAUAAAGGCUUGCGGGCGGGCGCGCACGCCCGGAGACUCACUUCCGACCCGACCGCCGCCGCCGCCGCCGACGCCAACGCCGUUGCCAUGGUGCUGCGCAGCUUCGUCGACUACCCGCCCGACUGCGACUUCCCGCUGGAGAACCUGCCCUACGGCAUCUUCUCAACGGACGAUGACCGGACGCCGCGGCCGGGCGUCGCCAUCGGGGCGCGGAUCCUCGACCUGAAGGCCGUGCGCCACCUGCUGGACGGGCCGCUGCUGCGCGCUCACCAGGACGUCUUCGCGCAGGCGCUGCUGGCGGCCGAGGGCGCGCCGGGAGCAGAUGGCCGACUGCGCGAGGACACGGCUCUUCGCGCGCGCGCCCUGCCGCUGCGCGCCGCCGCCACCCUGCACCUGCCCGCGCGCGUCGGCGACUACACCGACUUCUACGCGUCGCUGCACCACGCCACCAACACCUCGCCCGACCCCGACGCCCCGCCCGCCUUCGGCCCCUCGCGCCUGCUCGACUUCGAGCUGGAGGUGGGCGCGCUCAUCGGCGGCCCGCCCACGCCGCUGGGGGAGCCCGUGCCGGUGGCUCGCGCGCACGACCACAUCUUCGGUCUGGUGCUCGUCAACGACUGGAGCGCGCGCGACAUACAGAAGUGGGAGUACCAACCGCUGGGCCCGUUCACCGCCAAGAACUUCGCGACGACGCUGUCGCCGUGGGUGGUAACACUGGAGGCUCUGGAGCCCUUCCUGAUGGCCAAUCCCGAGCAGCAGCCGCAGCCGCUGCCCUACCUGCGCCACCAGGACCCCUUCAACUUCGACAUCGACCUGCGCGUCGCCCUGCGCCCUGCGGAGGGCGGCGAGCCCAUCACCGUCAGCUCCACCAACUUCAGCGAGUUGUACUGGACGUUCAAGCAGAUGGUGGCGCACCACACCGUCACCGGCUGCAACCUGAACCCCGGUGACCUCCUGGCGUCGGGCACCAUCAGCGGCCGCUUAAAAUUUCAUGUAAUAUUUGAAGAAAAUUGUUGCACGUAACUGGUAUUCAUAUACCUUUAAAAAUCUUAAGUGUAUUUCACAUUUUCAAUACACAUUCAUUUGCAUCAUUGCAAAAACACCAUGUCUACGGUUCUCAUUUAUAUACUCAAGUCGUAAAAUAUAUUUUUAUAAAUGUUUUUUUAUUUCAUUAUUUUUUAAAUGUAAAACUAAUACAUUAAAACAUGAAGCGAGUGUCUCCAGAAAGAAAAGCCAUUUCGUAUUGUUAUAUUUGUAUUGCAAUGUACGAGUAAUGGAGUACUAUUACUCCUACUGUAUUUUUAUAUAUCUCACAUAAAAGUGUAUUUGAAGCA